CUUUCUGCACAGCCAGGGUGGGAUGAGGUUUGGGCACAUUGUUAGAGCCGUGUGCUCACAGGAUCACCUCCCACGGCAUGGAGGGUUGGGCUGGAUCCAGCCUGCAAGUGCAGAGGGCUGGUUGGUGGCUGCCCAAAGUCUCUGUGUAUGACAUUUAGGGAGCCUGGCAGGAGGCUGUAGGCAGGGAGGGUCAUGACAGGGAUUUGGGGGGAGGCAUUUUUUGAUGCAGUUGCAUUUGGUUCCCAAACAACCUUUGAUGUCAAUGAUUUGCAGGCCCGUUCUGGCUGGAGUUCCUCUCUCUGUUUUGUGUUGGGGGUGUCCUUCCCGUGUGCAUCCCUAUUUGAAUUGCUCUCUUGAGUGCUGACCCUCUGCAUUCCUGCUGCUUCCAGGCAUGCACUGCAGGCUGGAACAACAGCCAACCCGCUCCCCAUCUAUGAGUGCUCCCGAGGGCUUUCCAGGCAGAUUGCAGCAGAUGCUGCAGCACAAGCACUCCUGCUCCUUCUGCACAUCUCCAUCUUGCCCCUGGCAGCCCCAGCUGCGGCCAUCCUCUUUGGCAUCCCAUAGGUUCGUGGACCCUAUCAGCACUCUCUGCUGCAUGCCCCUGCCUAGGAAAGCCUCUCCUAAAAGGUCCUGAGACACUUUGGGAAUGUGGAGGAUCUGGGCUCACUUUAUAGAAUCAUAGAACAGUUGGGUUGGGAGGGACCUUACAGCCCACCAAGUUCCAAAUCCCUACUGAGGCUGGGUGCCCCCCACCAGGUCAGGCUCCCAGGGCCCCAUCCAGUUCGGUCCUGAGCACCUGCGGGGAUGGGGCAGCCACACUUCUAUGGGCAGAAACAUCAGGGCUGAGGUGCAGUCUCACCAGAGCCAAGUACAAGUGAUGGUCGUAGCAAGACACACGAGGCCAAGCACACUGCAGGGCGGCAGAGGCGAUGACGGCGCAGCUCCAUCUCCAGCCGCUGCCCUGCCCUUGGCUCGCCCCGGCUCUCGCCCAGGUGCCACUCCUCAGCCGGGGUUCCCCCCGCCCAGCACCCGCUCCCUCCCCGCCCUCCCUCCCACGGAGCUCUCUGCUCACAGCCGUACAGCCCCAGCCAUGGCAGCGAGUGGGUGCCGCUGGCGCAGCUGCCUGGAGGUGGUCGCGUCCCGCCAGGGGCAGCGGGUGCAGCACUUCCAGCAAGCCGAGGACAUCCUGCUGACCUUGCUGGAGCACGUUCACACCGAAGAGCCCCGCUUCCUGGUGGACUACUCCAGGAACCUGGAAGCCUUCGAGUUUGUGCUCUGCGCCUCCGAGGAUGCCGUCGUGGUGGAGGUGCCACUGCGCAUCGAUGGCGAUGCCCUGCGGGUGCGGCCGUGCCAGCCCACGGACACCGGGAGCACGGGACACGGGCACCUGGGUGCCUGCAGCCUCGAGGUGCCCUCUGUGGUGACUGGAGUGGGGGACUGGACCAGCACGUGCACCACGGGUGGGAUGGAGCAGGUACGGUGCCUGGCACCGGGCAAAGUCCUGCAGCGCCUGAAAGAGCUCCUUGUGUCAGCCAUUGUGCAGUGCCAGCGCCGCUCCCUCCUGCAGCCAGGUGACGUCAGUGCCGAAAAUCUGAAGGAAGAUGCCAUGGAGCUGUCCCUGUUGGUGCGUGGUGGCUGGAGAACCAUCCGCUUUGAUGUGGUCCCGGUGGUCAGGAGUCAGCAGGAGACCCCAGGGCUGGAUGGGAGGCAGCACGACCGCGGCUUCCCCGAGGGCACCCUCCAAAAGGCCACCGGAGAUGCUCACUUUGUCCCAGCCUCCAAACACUGCUGGAGGCUCUCUACCCACCUCCCCAUCCUGAAGCUGCUCUGGGCCGUGGACACACUGCAGGGACCCCGGCUGGACAGCCUGCGCCUGCUGGAGCAGCUCCGCAGCCAGGACUGGAGGGAAGAGGAUGGGAGGGACGGUCUCACCUUCAACCACCUAAAGAUGGUGCUGCUGUGGAGCACAGAGCUGUUCCCCUCUCCUGAGGAUUGGCAGGACCUGGAGGGCUCUGUCUACAGACUGCUGGUGGUCCUCCUGCGCUGCCUGGCCACGCAGCGCCUGCCCCACUUCCUGCACCCGGAGCAGAACCUUUUCCAGGGGGAUCCACACCGCCUGGCCUCACUUUACCCCAAAGUGGAGGCCUUUGCAUGGGACCCUGCACGCUUCCUCCGCUUCCACUUUGGCCUCCCGACGCGUCCCGAUGGCGUGCAGGCGGACCCAGCCCUCCGAGCCCUCCUGCAGCUCCCUGCCAAGGAUGGGACAUACUGGGACACGGCCUAUUUUGACAUCCUGCUCAGCCAGCUCCAGGUGUACCAGAUCCAGGAUGCCACGCGCCGCUCAGCCAUGUCCCGGCUCCUCAGCAAGCUCCGCAGAGACAUCCCACUGCACAGCUGAGUGGGACUCACUGCC